AUGGUGUUUAUCGUGGUACAGGGUCGAAAAACAAUUACAAUCGGAUUUUACAAGGCUCUUUUCAUGGUAGAGGGGACCAUGUCUAGAGUAGAUAUACAAUAUUUCUUCCCAGGGAUAAGUAUACCAGGCAAGUAUGCAAGAUUCACUACGAGGGUAGAUCAUCCUGGAUCAUUUAAGAUGAAUCAUCCUGGAUCAUUAAAGAUGGAUCAUCCCGGAUCAUUCAAGAUGAAUCAUCCUGGAUCAUUCAUGAUGGAUUAUCCUGCUGGAUCAUUUAAGAUGAAUCAUCCUGGAUCAUUCAAGAUGGAUCAUCCUGGUAAAUUUGAGAUGAAAGAUGAAAUUGAAUGA